AUGUUCUAUGUCCUGCAGGUGUAUUCGAGGAAGAAACUAGCAGAGCGCGUCCCGUCCGGCGUAGAUCAAGAUGGCUCGGUCAAAGGCCCCGUCGACCUGAACAUUAGCGACAUAUUGGACGCGAUCUGCAUCGCGGACCCGGAGUUCGAUGCCCGCUCCGUGAGCGAGAUGCCGCGGCCCGCGAACGCCUCCGCGCCCGCCCCCGCUGCCGUAUCCGCUCCCGCCCCCGCUCCUGCCGCGCUGCCCGCCAUGCCGCCCGCCGCCUCGCCCGCGCCCUCGGUGCGCAUAGUCGAGCAGCCCGCCAGCAAAGCGCUCAGGUUUCGAUAUGAAUGCGAGGGCCGGUCCGCGGGUUCGAUACCCGGCGUCAACAGCACGAGCGAGAGGAAGACCUACCCCACCAUAGAGAUCAGAGGCUGCACCGGCAGCGCUAUCGUCGUGGUCUCCUGCGUCACCAAGGAGCACCCCUACAAGCCGCACCCGCACAACCUGGUGGGGCGGGAGCGCUGCGACCGAGGCGUGUGCACGGUUCGCGCCGAUCUCGGCAACGGUGGCAGCGGUGGCAACGGUGGCAGCGGUGGCAGCGGUGGCACGCUCGUCGCCUUCAGCAACCUGGGCAUACAGUGCGUCAAGCGGAAGGACAUAGACGCCGCGCUACGCACCCGCGAGGAGCUCCGGGUCGACCCCUUUAAAACGGGGUUCGGGCACCGCGCGCAGCCGCAGAGCAUCGACCUGAACGCGUUGCGGCUCUGCUUCCAAGUGUUCGUGACGGGCGAGCACGGCAAGGUGCGGCUGGCGCUGGCGCCGCUCGUCUCCGACGUGAUCUACGACAAGAAGGCGAUGAGCGAGCUGCACAUCGCGCGCAUCUCGCACUGCUCGGGGCCCGUGCGCGGCCGCAUGACCAUGAUCCUGCUCUGCGAGAAGGUGUCGCGCGACGACACGGCCGUGGUGUUCUUCGAGAAGGAGAACGAGCAGGUGGUGUGGGAGGCGGCCGCCACCAACGUGCACGUGCACAAGCAGGCGGCCAUCGCCUUCGACACGCCGCCCUACCGCGACCCGGACGUCGCCGCCAACGUCAAGGUGUUCCUGCAGUUGAAGCGCACCACGGACAACGCGCGCAGCAACGCGCUCGACUUCGAGUACACCGUGCCGCCAGGUAGGGCGCCCCCCGCCGCCCGCAAGCCGCUGAGGCCCUUCGCGCCCCUGCCGCUCACCACGCACACCGACACCGACACCAACAACAACAACAACAACACCACCAACGCUCACGAACACGCACACGCGCACGUCGACCUCGUCACCUCCACCAGCGACGACCUCGACCCCCUCCCCCCCCCCCUCCCCGACCCCGACCCCGUCCCCGAGCUGAACGGCAACCUCGACGAGGACGCGCCCCCCAAAGGGCUGCACCCGCUCGAUGACGGCGACGACCACGGCGAGAGGAGCCUCGACGACCUGCUCGACCAGGUGGCCGAGCUCGACGAGAUCUACUCGGAGAGCAGGACCCGCCUCGAGAGCGCCGCCGGCCCCGACGAGGCGGACACCGACGCGGAGGAGUUCAACGACGCCGGCACCUACACCAGCCUGCAGCUCGCCUUCAAGAACCCCAUACGGAUCGUGGAGCCGGAGCCGGAGCCCGAGCCCUACGAGGACGUGCAGGUGCAGACCUACCGAGGGCCCGUGAUAGAGUUCACGCCGCUGAAGCGGGACCCCGCCGAGGAGGAGCGCGCGCCGCCGCUGCCGCCCAAGCGCGUGCGCAAGGCCACCGAGCCGUUCGGGAGCAGCCAGAGCUCCGUGGACAGCGUGCUGCGGCCCGGCAAGCAGCUGCCGCUGACCAGGGACCGCGCCAGGGCCGAGCUGACGAUGGCGCGCAGCGAGCCGGCGCUGCCGCCCGCGCCCAAGAAGCGCUCCUUCCUCUCGCGGCUGUUCCGGCGCAAGGAGAAGUCGCCCGCGCCGAGCGUGUCGGCCAAGGCGCGCCCCGUGGGCCGCUCCGUGAGCAGCGUGUCGGGCCAGCGGCCGGCGCGCUUCAAGGCGUCCGUGUCGCACGCCUCGCUCAAGGACAACACGUCGGCCGCGGGCCUGAGCUACGCCGACAGCGUGACGCACAUCUCGCUGCACGGCGACCCCGAGGAGCCGCGCGGGGGCUCCGUGCCGCCACACGACACCAUCCUGGUGGCGGAGAGCGUGCUGGCCCUGGACGCGUCCGCCUUCCGCCGGCUGAGGGACGAGCUGGACCUCACCGAGGCGGAGCACUACGCGCUCUACAUGGCGGUGGCGCCCCACGCCACCGCCUCCGAGUUCGACGACACCAGCUAUAUUGUAAAAGCUAAGCGAAAGAAGCCUGUGUCGCCCUUCGCACAGAACAAUCCCUUCUCAUUAGAAAUCGGUGGACAGGUCAAAUCUGAACCCAAAGAUUCGCCGAACUACGUACGGAGCCCCCAGCACGUGUAUCCGCCCUACGACCACGAAUCGUUGCAGCGGUGGCCAAUGGACAUACCCCAAGUGGUGGCGGGUCCGAGUCAGGUGCAGUACGCGCCGCAGGGCAUGUCCUGGAUGGAGCAGGGCUACCUGCAGCCCGGCCCGCACCUGCAGCCCCACUCCCCGGCCAUGGCGCAGCUCUCGCCGAUGGGCCACGCGCCCCUCUCGCCGCAGCAGCACGCGCACCACGCGCAGAUGGCCAUGGGCCACAACGCGCCGAUGGGCCAACCCUCGCCGGUGAUGGGACACGUCUCGCCUGGAAUGGGCCACGUGUCGCCCGGCAUGGGUCAAAUGUCACCCGGAAUGGGUCACGUGUCACCCGGAAUGGGUCACGUGUCACCCGGAAUGGGUCACGUGUCACCCGGAAUGGGUCAGGUGUCACCUGGAAUGGGUCACAUGUCACCCGGAAUGGGUCACGUGUCGCCCGGGAUGGGUCACACUUCCCCCGGAAUGGGCCAUUCUCAGGCACAGUACGUGCAGAACCUUGGGCAGCAAAAUCUCAUACAGGACAUGGAGGUGGGCGGCAGCAGCACGCCGUCCAUCUCGAAGCUGCUGGAGGUGCAGGGCGCGGGCGAGGAGAUGCGGCUCAGCUCGGACCUCUCGUUCCCGCUGUACGGCGCCGACCUCAGCGACAGCCUGCGCGACCUCUCCACCAAAGAGCUGCUGCACAACGCCGACUGGCCGCCGCAGGGGGGCGGC